AUGUAUAAAAGCGGGCAAAUCUCACGCAGUUUCAAAAUCCUUACAAAUGUUCUUCUUAUUGAUAUUACCUUUAACGCAUUAUGCGCUGAUAAGGGUGGCAAACUCGAGGAAUCUUAUAUCAGUGCAAACAUAUUAGAUAUAAUCAACAAUAGACGGAAGAAGUUGGCAAAAGGAGAGGUGAAAGACGGAGCUACUACUCCGAAAACCCUCCCAAAUGCAAAGCUGAUGAACAAACUUGCCUGGGAUUGCGAUCUGGAGAAAGCUGCGUUAGACAAAUUGGGAACCACUUGCCCACCUGCGGCAGCACCUUCCGCUGAUACCGGAAACACAGGCUUUUACUAUGACGAUGCUGAUAAAGACGAGUAUCCUGUGAGUGUUGUGGUGAGCAAGUGGCUCAAUGAGGUAAAAGCGCAAGAGUGGCCAGGCGGCGCACCUCAACCAACGUCUACUGAAGUCGCGAUGCCUGCGGGGACAGAUGCCGAUCCUAUCAAAAACUUCGCGAAUCUCAUGCGAGCUGAUACGCAAAAGAUCGGCUGUGCAGAGCUACCGUGUUCCGCUGAUGGUCAAACAUUCGUGUUCUGCCUUACGGACAAAGAUGCACUUGGUGAUGAUGAAACGAUCUACGAAGUGGGAGCGCCCUGUGCAGCUGAUACAGAUUGUCCCAACGCACCGAAUACGAAGUGCAACACAGCAAUAGGCUUAUGCGAGGAGCCCGUGGAAACAACGGCCGCAGCGACCAUAACAGAGGCCACAACAGAGGCCACAACAGAGGCCACAACUGAAGCCACAACUGUAGUUACUACUGCAGUUAGUACUACAGCUGCAAAUGCAACAACGGCUUCUUCCUAUCCUGGCGAGCUACCCACAGGAACAAGCAUUAUGUGUACAGACUAUGAAGGAAUGACCGAUGAGCUCAGGAUGCAAUUCCUUGACACGCAGAACUACAGAAGGAGCAUUCUCGCAAAAGGCCAAGUUCAAAGACCGAGCGGAAAAUAUCUACCAAAUGGAGCAAAUAUCAUAAAAUUGAAACCCAACUGCAAUCUGGAAAAGGAAGCUAUUCAAGAAGUACGACAAUGUCCUACAUCUAAGACACCACAUAAUAGUUAUGGUAAAAACUUUGACACCUUCGCAUCAAGUUCCGUUAUAUCGACUUACAGAGAUGCUGUUAAAAAGGCUGUGACAAAUUGGUGGAAAGUAGUUCGUACGGACAGCAAUGGGCCAGGAAUGCAAGUGACAUUCCGUAGUAAUCAUGUGGAUCAGCCUGUAGAAACGUACACCCAAAUCGCUUGGGCCAACACCAGAGACAUUGGAUGUGCUAUCGCUAAAUGCACAUCUUCCUACGCAGUCAUAUGUCUAUAUGAUCCAAAAGGUAACAUCGUGGAUCAAGUGCUUUACAAGAUAGGAAGUCCUUGUGCUGCUUGUCCUAGUGAUACGACAUGCGACAGCGCUCUUGGACUCUGUGUGCAAAAAGUAGCUGCGUACAACUAUUUAUUUUCUCUUUUCUAG